GUAAAGUCAACCAUUUUGUCAAUAAGAUGAUCGAAACCGGAUUUCUAUUUUUCUGCCCUAAUGUGCAUUUGAAGAUGAGAGUCCUUUUUGAUGGGAAGCUGUACAUUUACUUGUUAUCAUUACCUCAAAAGGCCCAAUACCGUUAGACUAGUUUUUAUUUUCAUCUAUUCAUAUUUGCAAAUGAAACACAAAUCUCAACAUUAACAGAUUUCAACUAUCUAAAUCGACUAAUGAUUCAAUGUACUUCACUUUACUCAACAAAAAUGAAGUUAAAUUCACCAAGUUGUUUCAUUUUAUUUUUGUGUAUUUUGUGCCAAACUAACCUUUUAUUUGUUUCAUCGCUUCCUCUACAAGUUACAUCCACAUUACCAACUUCAUUAACAAAAGUGAACUCAUCGAUUCAACAUAAUUUUAACACAACUGAAUGGUCAAGAAAUGACAAAGUUGAACGACGAGAUGAGUUUCCUGACGACCAAAACAAUUUAAGUCCUGGUAAGCUUGUUGCAAAUGGUAUUGGACGAAUGAUCAGAGCUUAUAAUAGUGUAGUCGAAACUAUCUUCCUGCCUUUCAAUUUGGCAACUGAAGUAUUUUUCGCUGGUUUGGGCAAGUUGUAUCCAAUCGGUUGAAUUUUCGGACCGUGUAAACCUUCAUCGA